GCAUUUCAGAACUUAACUGGAAAGAAUUAAUGCAGUAAGCAGUGACAAUGAUUAAACUGUGCACUUGGAUUUUAUAGCUACCCCAAAGCGCGCGCACACACAGAAACACUGACGCCUUGGAAACAGAAAUGACAUCCAGAGCACAUGAUGACUAUUUACAGAAUGCGUCUGCCAUACUAGACAAGUUGAAAAGCUAUUACAGACAAGGAGGGGAGAGUAGCAACCUUUCCAAGCUGCUUCAGGAUUACACACAGGUGAUCCUAGACAUCACAUUUUAUGAAGAGAAUAAACUUGUGGACCAGGAGUUCCCAGAAGACUGUUCACCAUUUAAGAUCCAGCAGCUGCUGCAAGACCUGACCGAGCCAGAAGUUUUGGCGGGGAGGCUAGCACCAGCACAGGAGGUGCAGUCUGUGUUGGGCCUAGAGCUAUUAGAAUGCCUCUACUGGAGACGUGGAGCUCUGCUGUACAUGUACUGCCACACCCUUCAUCAACGAAAACAGUGGAUCAAGAAAAACAAGGAUACAUUCCUUAAGUGUAUUCAGGAAGGUGUGCGCUACCUGAUGCGGAUGUUGCAGGUGAGAAACUCUGUGAAGCUCAAUGAUGGGGUGGUGCUCCAUGACACUGCUACAGCAGGCUUCCUAUCUGAAGGCAUCUUCUCAGACACGCACCUGUUGACGAUGAUGUACAUUGGGGAAAUGUGUUUCUGGGCAGUCAAGUAUGAGGACUGCAGCGCUGACACUAUGGAUCGGAAAGAAGAUCGCCUCCAGUUUCGGGACAUUGGCACUCAGAUCCUCAACAAAUAUGUCCUUGCCUGUGAGGGCCCUCUGCAGGGCCAGGGCUGGAAUACAGAGAAUGCCAAGGAAAUCCUUAGUAUUUUACAGUGAACCAAGCUGCUCCUGUGUUGAAGUUGCCCUCAGGCACAGAUCUAAGUUCAGUAUUCAAAUGUGUGUCAACCCCAAAUAAAAAUUGAACCCAUCAGGUGGGGGUGUAAUGUUGUGGAAAGUUAAGGGGAGGCACAAGGAGUAUGUGAAGAAAGGAGUCUUUGGAUCAGUGUCUAUGGGAAACCUUAUCCAAUUCCAACCGGCCCCUGGCCAAAGCAGGUGAAUGAGAGUUUAGAGAGUAUAAGAUUGGUGGUGUAAAACUGUCAGGGGCUGCAGAGGAGGCUGUUGAAUAUUUUUUUUCCCUGUCCUGCUGAAAAAGCAGUUAUCAUCCUGAUUACAGACUGUUGACUGGGGCACUUGUUUUGCUCUAAGAAUGUGUUAUAAUAACAUUACUAUAAAAAGGUUAUUAAUAAAAUUGACCUUUUUUUUUCAUUUUUUAAGAUUGUUACAAGUUUAAAGAUAAUCCAGCUGGAAAUGAGACAUUGCACAGUAACAUUUUAUUUAUU